GCUCAUAUCAACCUCUGCAUCUUCUUAUAAAUCAGUCCUAUUUUCUCUCUUUCUCUCUGUCGUCCAGAAGAAGGCAAACAUCAAGAGAACCAGAUGAGACACUCUUGCUUUGUUUGCUUGUUACUGUUUCUCAUCACGGUUUCAGUUCAGUUAGAUGAGACAAUAUCCUUAAGAAGAGACAUGACAAAGCUUCUUGAAAUCCAAGACAAGAUCCAAGAAAGAUUAGCAGUCGCUCCCACUGUCCCACCAGUGUCUUCCCCUUCAUCUCCAUUUCCCAAAAUGGUAGGCAGAGUUAUAUACCCAAUUAGCUACGGAGCUGACCCAACAGGUGGACAAGACAGCAGUGACGCAAUACUUGAAGCUUUAAACGAUGCUUUUCAGUUGCACAUUGAGCUUCACAUGCUGCCACGUGUCACUGAUCUAGGUGGCAUUGUUAUUGAUCUCCAAGGUGGCAGUUACAAGAUCGGAAAACCUCUCCGGUUCCCUUCCUCCGGUGGUGGAAACCUCCUGGUAAAAGGAGGGACCUUCCGAGCAUCAGAAGUGUUUCCCGGUGAUCGUCAUUUGGUAGAACUCGUGGCAUCAAGCUCCGAGCAGAAAGACCAGAACUCAGGGAUCUUCUUUGAGGAUGUGACCUUCAAAGACGUUCUUUUCGACUCGAGCUUCAGAGGUGGGGGUCUCGCGGUAGUAAACUCAGCUCGUAUCCGUAUCAGAGACUGCUACUUCCUCCACUUCACAACGCACGGGAUCAAAGUCCAGGGAGGUCACGAGACAUACAUCUCAAACACCUUCUUGGGACAACAUUCAACCGUAGGCGGAGACAGACAAGAAAGACAGUUCUCCGGGACAGGUAUCGAUAUCUCUAGUACAGAUAACGCCAUAACCGACGUAGUAAUCUUCUCUGCCGGGAUCGGUAUCUUGCUGAACGGCCAGGCGAAUAUGGUCACGGGCGUGCAUUGCUACAACAAAGCUACAUGGUUUGGCGGGAUAGGGAUUCUAGUGAAGUCUCAUUUAACGAGGAUAGACAACUGUUACCUUGACUACACAGGUAUAGUCAUCGAAGAUCCUGUUCACGUUCACGUCACAAACGCUCUCUUCUUGGGAGAUGCGAACAUCGCGUUGAGAUCGGUGCAUGGGAAGAAGAUUCACGGUGUGAACAUCGUUAACAACAUGUUUAGCGGCGAUCCAAAACACAACUUCCCGAUUGUUAAGCUAGAAGGAGAGUUUCGUGAGGUUGAGCAAGUUGUGAUUGAUCAGAACAAUGUGGAAGGGAUGACGCUGAAAUCAACGACAGGGAAGGCGAAGGUUUCAGGUAAUGGGACGAGAUGGGUCGCUGAUUUUGGUCCGGUUUUGGUUUUCCCUAACCGGAUAAACCAUUACCAGCAUUCGCUUUUCGCGCAGUCCGGAGAGAUACCUGCGAGUUCUGUGACUAAUGUUUCCAACAAUGUGGUGGUUGUAGAAACUGAUAGAGAUGUGAUUGGAACCGUGUCGGUGAUUGUUUAUCAGUAGUGAAAAACAACAUGUG